CUUGACCGAUACGUGAAGGGGCGGGACUUUUGUAUCGCGGACCUUGCUGCGUUGCGGAGUGCCCCGCACGACAGCUCCGGACCCUGUCAAAGCGACCGGCUCGACCCUUUGUCGGUGUCCAAACACGCAACAAGCCCGACACUUUCGCAAGUUUUCUUGACCGCCUUCCCGGAAGCUUUUGACUUUAGCGCCGACGAAAGCUUAUCACCCUCUGAUCAGCGACCGGCUUACAGCUUCAUCAGAGCGAACGUCCAUAACAACGCAAACUCCGGAAAGGUAACACAUUUUAACCCAUUAUCCGGGAGCGGAACCCUGUCGACAGCAUAUCGGAAACACCGGCGACCGAGCGACCAGAGCGCGGCAGCUGUCCUCUGGUCCGAGUGAGACAACGACAUCACCGACGACCAUGAGUACGGUAGCAGCCCAAGCUGCUGGCGAGCGGCAGCAGCCGCAAAUCCAGCCCUGCAGGUACAAGGUCGGAAAGGUGCUCGGCGCGGGGUCGUACUCGGUCGUCAAGGAGUGCAUCCACAUCGACACGGGGCGCUACUAUGCGGCCAAGGUGAUCAACAAGCGGCUUAUGGCCGGGAGGGAGCACAUGGUGCGAAACGAAAUCGCGGUGCUCAAGAAGGUGUCGAUGGGCCACCAGAAUAUCCUUACUCUCGUCGACUACUUCGAGACCAUGAACAACCUGUACCUCGUCACCGACCUCGCCCUGGGCGGCGAGCUCUUCGACCGCAUCUGCCGCAAGGGCUCGUACUACGAGGCGGAUGCCGCCGACCUCAUCCGCGCCGUCCUGUCCGCCGUCGCCUACUUGCACGAUCACGGCAUCGUCCACCGCGACCUCAAGCCCGAGAACCUUCUCUUCCGCACGCCCGAGGACAAUGCCGACCUUCUCAUUGCCGACUUCGGCCUGAGCCGCAUCAUGGACGAGGAGCAGUUCCACGUGCUCACCACCACCUGUGGCACUCCGGGCUAUAUGGCUCCCGAGAUCUUCAAGAAGAUAGGCCACGGUAAGCCCGUCGACCUCUGGGCACUGGGCGUCAUCACCUACUUCCUCCUCUGCGGCUACACGCCCUUCGACCGGGACUCGGACUUUGAAGAGAUGCAGGCGAUCCUCAACGCCGACUACAGCUUCACGCCGCUCGAGUACUGGCGCGGGGUGUCGGACAGCGCCAAGGACUUCAUCCGGCGGUGCCUGACGAUCGACCCGGCCAAGCGCAUGACGGCGCACGAGGCGCUGCAGCACCCCUUCGUGGCCGGCUGGGCGCGCGUGGGAGAAGGCGACGACAAGGGCACCAACCUGCUGCCCACCGUCAAGAAGAACUUCAACGCCCGCCGCACCCUGCACGCCGCGAUCGACACCGUCCGGGCCAUCAACAAGCUGCGCGAGGGCCAGGCCGCCGGGUUCAUGAACGGCGUGCGAAGCCGCGAGCCGGCGAGGGCAGCGCCGCCCAGCAGUGGUAACGGCAACACCACCAACAACAACAACAGCAACCAAAAUAACCGGGAUCAGAAGAGCAGCCAGAACGAGAACGCCCCCCAGCCGAGAAAUCACGACAGCGGCAUCGAGAUCGGGCAGGCGCAGGAGGGCCAGAGCAAGGACGGCGGCUACGACACACAGACGGCGCAGGCAUCACAGGGGUCGGCCACGGGCGCGGACGCCAGCACGGCGGACGGGGACGUCAGGAUGGACGAUUGGCCCGCCCCGCAUUCGCAACAGGCGGGGCAACAAGCGCCAGAAGGUCGCGGCCAUCUCCCACCUGCGCAUGCGGUCCCGGCGAGCUUGCGCCCUGGGAACGAGGCGAACCGGGUGGUGGAGACGAGUAAAGGAUUGUGGAACGGUAGCGGGAGCCGUCGGUGACGGACCUCGUAGUGGUUUUGGGGGGGGGG